GCUGCAUGGUGUUCCUGAGCUUCAAGAACAUUCUCAUCAUUAGACCCUCUCUUUUACCUCAUUUGCACCCGCUACCUUCCUACUUACGAUUGGAGAGAGCUUUCUAAAGCAAGCCUACCGGGUUCACCAUGGCCUCCGUGGACACGAAGAAGGCCAUCGUUGAUGCCGCCUCGGUUUAUACAAAGCCGGAGGGCAAGGUAUUCGAAUAUGGAACUGCUGGGUUUCGAAUGAAAUCAGAGCUGCUCAAUACUGUUGUGUUUGCCGUUGGCCUUUUGGCAGGGCUGCGCUCCAGAAAACUCAAGAGCCAAACCAUUGGUGUGAUGAUCACCGCGAGUCAUAAUCCGGCGUGUGACAAUGGCGUAAAGCUUAUUGACCCAAUGGGUGAAAUGCUUGAUGCGGAAUGGGAGUCUUAUGCGACGAAACUGGCAAACACACCGCUUGGGGAGCUCGGGGACGUGUAUGAGGAGCUCAUCAAGGAGAUCGAAAUAAAUAUGGACAACCCUGCUCGGGUGGUGUUCGCUCGUGACACCCGUGCCUCCGGGUCCCGGCUCGUCGGCGUUCUUACCGCUGCAUUCAAUGCCACCGGCGUUGAAUACACCGACUUCAAGUAUUUGACAACCCCGCAGCUCCAUUAUAUUGUCCGUUGCAAGAACACUCUUGGCACUCCUUAUGAAUAUGGCGAACCCACUGAGCAAGGUUAUUACGAAAAGAUCAGCAAGGCAUUCAAGACUGUCAUGAGAGGCCGAACAACCAAUGGCCCGGUCACCGUGGAUUGUGCCAAUGGCGUUGGGGGGCCAAAGCUGAGAGAAAUGAUCAAGUAUUUGCCAAGCGCCAAAGAAGGCGGCGUGGACAUCCACGUUGUCAACGACAAUGUUAUCAAUCCGGAUAGUUUAAAUUAUGAGUGCGGAGCGGACUAUGUGAAAACUAGGCAGCGAGCCCCGCCCUCGUCAAAAGCUGCAGUACACGACCGUUGCGCUUCCCUGGAUGGAGAUGCGGACCGGAUCGUCUACUAUUACCUCGAUACGGGAAAUAUCUUCAAACUUCUUGACGGAGAUCGUAUUGCAACUCUAGCUGCUUCGUUCAUCGGAGAACUUGCACGUAACGCUGGCAUCGCGAACAAGCUUAGAAUUGGUGUUGUUCAGACCGCCUACGCCAACGGGGCAAGCACUCAAUACGUUGAAAAGGUUCUUAAACUUCCAGUUAUCUGCACCCCAACCGGCGUCAAGCACCUUCAUCAUGCUGCCAUGAGGUUUGAUGUUGGCGUUUAUUUCGAAGCAAAUGGGCAUGGGACUAUUACCUUUUCGGAGCAGGCCCUGAAGAUCAUCAAGACAACUGAGCCCCAGUCGCCAGCCCAGCAGUAUGCUUUACAGAGCCUUAUUGCUCUGACGGAACUCAUUAACCAAGCGGUUGGAGAUGCGAUUUCGGAUUUGCUCUUGGUUGAAGUCAUCCUUGCUCAUAAAUGCUGGACCCCAAAGGAAUGGAUAUCGACAUACACUGAUCUACCCAACCGUCUUGUUCGGAUUGAAGUGGCAGAUCGGUCGAUUUUCAAAGCGGUGGAUGCGGAACGCAAGCUGGAAUCUCCUCCUGGACUUCAGCAGCGUAUCGAUGCUCUUCAGUCACGCUACAACAGAGGUAGAAGCUUCGCUCGUGCUAGCGGAACAGAAGACGCGGUUCGUGUUUACGCCGAAGCUGCAAGCAGAUCUGAGGCAGAUGAUUUAGCUACUCGUGUUGCUGCUGCGGUUCAGGAAGCUGGUAAACCGUAACCAUUCUCGGGUUUGCUUUGCAGCUAGUUUUGGUUUCAAAAUAUAUCCCCAGUCCUUAUGUUAUUGGAGAUUCGUCGUUUCGAAAAGCUGAAGGGCCAGAGAUUCUUCUCGGAGACGAAAAAUAACUGAAUAAAUGAUACAUAUCUUGUACUCUGACAGCGGUUUGCCAUCUCGAGGUUACCAGCUUGAUUCUUUCUAUUGCAGCGGACAUGAUUACUCACAAAAUCACCCUUGAUUUAUUUCUUAUGUCACUACUCUUGCAACAACGAAGGCCCGGAUUUCUUACCUUCUAUGGUCGUGGUGCCAGGUGACUGCUCAUCGCAGGCGAAUCUGAUAGUCAAAAU